UCCUCCUUGCUCCCAGUCACAGGUAGGGUAGACACCUGGCUGGCAGGUGAGGAGUUAAAAUAGGAGAGCUGCUGGGAAGCAACACCCACUCCAGUUUCAUCUGAAACUCUCCCAGAAGGACACAAAGGGGAAAUCGCCUUCACGUUUUUGGAUUAAGGUUUGAGGGGGGGAAAGAAAACAAUGGCCUCUCCCUGAUUCUGGAAUCUGCUUUAUAUUGCCUGGCUCAUCAGAGCAGCAACCCAAGAGCCAAAGUGUGGCCAAUGGACCUAUUUCUUUGCAUAAUCCUGGGAUUUAUUUGGAACGUAAAAGAUUAUCAAGAAGGCACAAGUUUUUUUCUGAAGCAAGAUAUCCAGAAAAGACUCCAAGCGCCAGCAGCUGUGCUGAUAUAACAAUUUCAGGUUGUCUAGUUCUCCUUUUGUCUGUGGUUACGUCUCCUGUAUAAACCACUUUGGCAGCAUUUCCUCCAGAGCAGAUUAGAGAAACCCCACUCAGUGUGAGCUGGGUCCUCUAAUGAGCAGAAUGGGCCACCUCCAGUCUUUGCUGGUGCUUCUCUUUGUAGCAACACAACUGGUUUGGUCAGACUCCAACGGGCAGACCUGCCUGGACAACUUUACUAAAGGCUUUCACGAUUUUGUGUUGGACCUGGACUAUUCUGUGAAAAGUGGGGCGACCUUUCUGUCCUCCCCUCCCUUGCACAGUGGCAGGGACUGUAUGAGCGCUUGCUGUAGGACUCUAGGGUGUAACCUAGCCCUGGCUCAAGAGACCGACAAUGGGGAGGACGUGAUCAACUCCUGCUUUCUCAUCAACUGCCUCUACGAACAGGAGUUUGUCUGCAAAUUCAUCAGGAAGCCGGGCUUCGUCAACUUUGUAACCAUGGAUGUGUAUAACAAGUAUCAAGCGACCAUGGAAAAGGAAGGGGAGGAAGAUCAUCCUCCUAUUGCAAGGGCAGGCCCUGAUGUUAAAACCCAACCUUUACAGACAGUUGUCUUGACUGGCAUUGAGAGCCUGGACAGGGAGGGGAUUAUCCGCUAUGAAUGGAGCCUUCUUCAUGGAGACCCUACUGUGGUGUAUGAGGAGAUACCAGCAGAGGAUUCAGAAGCAGAUGUGUCCCAUUCUAUAGAGGUCUCAAACCUGCACCCUGGACAGUAUACAUUCCAGUUGGUCGUCACAGACACUGCAGACCAGCAGAACUCGGCUACUGUCACCAUCACGGUACUGUCGAAGCAGGAGACAGAGGAACACUGCUUUGCUCCAUACAAAGUGGGCCGAUGUCGGGGUUCCUUUUCUCGCUGGUAUUUUAACCCAGAGGCGGACGACUGCUUGGAAUUUACAUAUGGAGGCUGCAAACCAAACCAUAAUAACUAUCUCACAAUAGAGGAUUGCCGGCAAACCUGCAAGAAUAAUUUGGCUGAGAAACGAACAACAGGAGAACAUUCUGGCAAGUCUGGCAGACGUCUGCAACCAGUGUGCGAUGGGCACUGCUCCCCCAGUCAGUUCCAGUGUGCCCAAGGCUGCUGCAUUGAUGCCACUUUGGAAUGUGAUGAGCACCAAGACUGCCCAGAUAAUUCAGAUGAACAGUUUUGUGAAUACUAUGAUAAGGGUUUUAAGAAGCUGCAAACAUUUGAUAUUCCCAACAAUAAAGCCCGAUGCGUUGACAUGCCAAAUACAGGUUCUUGUCGGGCCUCUUUCUCUCGGUUUUACUAUGACCCUGCCGUUCGGAAAUGCUUGAGGUUUACUUACGGCGGCUGUGGCGGGAACGGCAACAACUUUCACAAAGAAUCCGACUGCAUGCGAUAUUGUGAAGGGGUUUCCGAGCGAGAUAUUUUUGGGAGAAGAUUAGGAGACACUGAAGCUCAAAAGGAAGGUUCAGGUUCUGGAGAAGUGGUAGCAGCAGUGAUCCUAGGGAUCUGCAUCCUGGUGGUUUUGGCUGUAAUCGGUUACUGCGUCAUCAAGAAGAGGAAGAGCAGCCGUAGGCGCCAACCAGUUGCCAACACCUCCACUCUCUCAACCACUGAAGAUACAGAGCAUCUGGUGUAUAACCGGACCACCAAGCCCGUGUGACCUCCGUGUGGACCCUCUCUUGUGAAGUGAAUUCUGCCUUAAAUAUACUGUCAUAUCACAUAGACCACAGACUGAUUUUUGGGUCAUUUCCCCUUUAGACUUACUGGUAGCAGACAACUGGGUCACCUUUAACAAGCAAAGAAUUAAACGAAGAGGGAUUAACUGGCAAUGGACUGACAUAUUUAAAAGAUUCUUUAAGUGGGACACAAUAGAUUUCUUUUUUUCCCCUAAAUAUUUGUAGAUAAGUGUCACAUUGUUUUAUUUUAUUGUUGAAUUUUUUUUAAAAAUUUUUCCUUCUUUUUUUGUUUUAACUUACACUCCGUAGAUGCUAAAUACCUGUCCUGAGCAGGAAUCUGGAUGCAUUGUCAUAAAUUGGUGCUUUAUUAUGAAUUAAAUCAUGGUAAAAAUACAGAUAGGUUAGAUUUAUUAUACAGCCAAGGUCCUGGCUCCCCCAGUCUACUUUCAAGUAGCCCACGGUUACAUUCUUUUUCAAAAACAAGAUUUAGCUUCUAUUUUGUUGCUGCAAUAUCGGCUCAUCCACCAGUGACCACCACAGCCAUCUUUAAUGGGCUGCAGAUGCAGGAAGAGUAUGGGUCUGGGAUGGAAAAAAAACCCUCUUAAUUACAAAAACCCAAAGUACAUGGUAUAUAUCUUUUAGAAGUUCUUUUUUUAGAAAUUCUAUUUUUAUUAUUGAAUGCUUUAUAAAGAAAUCGACACUCUUAGUAAGAAUGAAUUUGUCAUUAAUAUUUCCUAAAAUGAACAGCAGUGUAUGAGGGCACCCUUUUCUGAAUUAGAGCUCCUUAGGGGCAGAUUUCCAUAACGGCAGAGUAGAAUGUGAGCAGAGCAGGAGCAGAGUUGGGGGGUGCAGGGCCCAAAAUCGGAAAAAAACCUGCCCUUGCAAGUCCCAUAUUGUUUCCCU